GGGUGGGAUGGCAAAUCCUUGUGUCCUCAUGUCCCCUUCCUUCUUUCAGUGACGGAGGGGAAGCUGCGGUCCCUGGCUGAGCUGCAGCAAGCUGUUCUGCAGUGCACAGCUGGAGGCCAGGGGAGCUGCUGCAGCAUUGUGCACGUGGUGAACUGCGAGGAGGAAUUCCAGCAGCAGCAGCUGGAUCUGCUCUGGAGGAUUUUGGAUCCAGGAGCUCACACAGCUUUGCAGAAACACCUUGUCUGUGGGCCAGUGAAGGUGACAAACCCCUCAUCACCCAUCGGGGCAGACCAGUACUUCCAGCUCCGAAAGCGCCAGAUGCACGAAGCCUCAGUGAUGAAGUAUGGGGAGCUGGCGCAGGACGAGGCCUGGACUGAGGUGAUUGAUACCCUCACGGUGGCUGCCAUCAGGUUUGAGAUGCUGAGCACUGCUCACCGGAGUCAGAUCACCCUGGAUCUGGAGGACAGCAGCAUCUCCACAAAGGGAACCAAGAGCGGCACCUUCGUAAUGUACAACUGUGCUCGGCUGGCCACGCUCUUCGACACGUACCAGCGGGCUGUGGAUUCCAGCACGUACCCACCUCUGCCACCAGUGUCAGAACUGAACUUCUCCUCCCUCCGGGAAGAGGGCGAAUGGCUCCUGCUCUUCAACUAUCUCCUGCCCUUCCCUGAAGUCCUGCAGCAGGCAGCACAGCUGCCUGCACCCACCAAGGGGAUCCGGAUCACAGCCAACACAGAGACAGUGUGCAAGUUCCUGAUCCAGCUCAGCAUGGAUUUCAGCUCCUACUACAACCGGGUCCACGUCCUGGGGGAGCCGUUCCCUCACCUCUUUGACCAGAUGUUUGCCCGCCUCCGGCUGCUGGGAGCAGUGAGGGACGUGUUCCACAGCGCCCUGGCAACUCUGAACCUCCCUCCUCUCAGCCAGAUCUGAGCCACCACUGAAGAGCUGUGCCACAGUGUGACAGGCACCAGGACAAUGUGCUGCAGAAGGACAGGGCAUGUCCACCCUGGCAGGGCGAGAGGCUG